UCAUACCGAUGAUUAUAAUAAAAAAGAUAUUGUGCAUUUCGAUAGAGUAAUUAGUUGUGUAUAAACAAUUUUUUUCUCGGUCGAUUCUAAAUGUUGUGUUAUUUUCGAUGCAAUUUUCUCCGAUUAAAUAGUGAGACACAUGAAUAUUUCAUUUAAUUUAUGUUAUGAACACGCAUAACAUCAAACAUCGUUUGUGGUCAAUUGGUGAAUUGUUUGUGUGUCACGCAUCGUCUUCGUAUUAUUUAUUGGAAAUACACUUCAGACAUACCUUAAUACUCGAUGAAAAUUCAGUUGGGGAUACUUACAUUGCACACAAUUUACUCACAUUUUUAUUUUUAUUACACAAUUUUCUUGCGCCGAUAUACACAAUCAUUGGGAUUCUAUAGAAAUAACUACUUGACAAAUGUUCUAUAGCUAUCAGCUUAUUGUCGUGGUGUGAACAGUGAAUUAAAAUAAUAAUAAGAAGAAAAAAAACAGCUAUUCCUCUCUCAUACGUAUAAGCGCAACAAUAUAGAGAAAAGAAUAUUUAUCAAUUAAGCAUGAUGAUGACAAACAAAAGUAGCCAAAUUACCAGAAAAAAGAUGCAAGUAUCAUUUGUAAUACGAGAUGCCGAAGAAAAACGACAUCGGAAUGGUGUGAAUGCACUUCAGUUGGACCAAAACAAUGGCCGAUUGUAUUCUGCAGGACGGGAUGCGAUAAUUCGUGUGUGGAACUCAAAUCAAAGUAGUACACAAGACUGUUACAUACAAAGUAUGGAACAUCACAAUGACUGGGUCAAUGAUAUUGUACUGUGUUGUGGCGGUAGAAACUUAAUUAGCGCAAGUUGUGAUACAACUGUAAAAGUCUGGAAUGCUCAUAAAGGAUUCUGUAUGUCAACGCUACGAACGCACAGAGACUAUGUACAGGCGUUGGCAUACGCAAAGGAUAGAGAGCAGGUCGCAAGUGCUGGAUUAGACAAAGCCAUUUAUUUAUGGGAUGUAAAUACGUUAACUGCAUUAACAGCCAGUAAUAAUACAGUAACGACAUCGAAUUUAGCCGGUUCCAAAGAUUCAAUAUAUAGCCUAGCUAUGAACCCGUCCGGUUCAAUAAUAGUCAGUGGAUCCACAGAGAAUGCAUUACGAAUGUGGGAUCCGCGGACAUGCAAUCGCAUUAUGAAACUUAAAGGACAUUCCGAAAAUGUUAAGGCACUUGUCGUAUCAAACGAUGGAUCUCAAAUCAUUUCAGGUAGCUCAGAUGGUACGAUUAAAAUUUGGAGCGUUGGUCAACAACAAUGUAUACAAACGAUUCCAAUACAUUCCGAAGGUGUUUGGGCACUGUUAGUUACCGAAAAUUUUUCACAUGUGAUUUCGGGCAGUCGUGAUAAGAAGAUUUAUAUGACUGACAUAAGAAAUCCAAUCUCAAGUGUUUUGGUGUGUGAAGAAUCAGCGCCGGUGCUUAGUCUAUGUUAUAAUAUCGAUCAGACUGCUAUUUGGGCGACUACUUGGAAUUCGGACAUAAAAUGUUGGAAAUUGCCACGAUACGAUCGUUCAAAUUACAAUAUAAUUAAUGAUGGAAGCACGUCAAAUAAUAAAGACAAUGAAAUUGCUUGCAUUAAAGGUGGAGCUGCCAUAAAAAAAUGCGUGGUACUGAACGACAAACGGCACAUUAUAACAAAAGAUACCGACGACAAUGUUGCAAUUUAUGAUGUACUGAAAGUAACAAAAUACAAAGAUUUGGGACAAGUCGAUUUUGAUAACGAAAUAAAACAACAAAACCAAAAGGUUUUUAUUCCCAAUUGGUUUACGGUCGAUUUGAAAACAGGCAUGCCUACAAUCGUUCUUGGCACCGACGAAGUAGACUGUUUCUGUGCAUGGGUUUCCGCUGAGGCUGGCCUACCCGAACACGCUGAAAGUGGUUCCGACUUAAAAAUUAAUUAUGGCAGUCUUCUACUUCAGGCAUUGCUAGAGCAUUGGCCAUUGACUCAUACGCACACAUCAAAUGAUGAAGUGAUAAAAGGAAAUGAAUAUUUUUCCGUACCAAAACAUACACCAGUUAUAUUUGGUGAGGUUGGUGGUCGAACAGUUUGUCGACUAUUGGUUCGAGAUGCGGCCGGUGAAAAUGAAUCAUCGUUGCUACAUGAAACGGUUCCAUCCUGGGUAACUGAUAUCGUUGUAGAAAAAACUAUUCCAAAAUUCGUAAAAAUUCCAUUUUAUUUGCUUCCACAUCCGCAAAUGGUUAAGCAAGAUCGAAUGAAAAAGGAUCGUCUUGUAGCAAACGAAUUCUUACAAUGUCGCAAAGUUUGUGAGCACGUAUUAGAUAAAAUUUUGGGCUCAGAGUCUGGCGUAAAUACAAUGAUUAGCAAUAAUUCGCAAUCGAAUCAGAAUGAUAAUAGUUCAGAAGGUUCUCAAGUACCACCGGAAGAGAAAAUUGAGCUGUUUUGUAACAAUGUCCCACUUGAUCCAAACAUGGACCUGAGAACGGUGCGACAUUUCAUUUGGAAGCAAUCGGCCGACCUAACAUUUCAUUACAAAACAAAACCGAAUUUUAUCUAGAGCUAAGAUCGAUGACAACAAUCAAAUGAUGGAACUGUGGACAUGCGGACAGGCUGAGAGGCAAAGAUAGUGAGAGAAAGAGAAAGAGAGAUUGAGAGAAAAUGGAGCCACACAAUAUUUUCGAAAUAUCUAAUCAAAUUCACCAAAUAAUCAUUUUAAUCAUUUUAAAUUUGUUUUCUUUUUGUUGCGAAGCACAUUACAUCCGUAUCGGUGUGGAGAAAAGAGAUAAACAAAUAAUUGAACAAUCAAAUGAGAGAAAGAUAGAAUAUCAGAGAUCCGAAUAAAAAUGUAUAAAUUUGCUUAAUUUCUAAUUAUGUUCUGUUAAUAUUCGUAAACAAUUCAGUUUUAUUUUAUAAAUAUCGUUUAGGGAACAGUCAAUUCAAUCGAAGAUGUAUGAACGAAAUCAAAGUGAAAUAAAAAUGCAUACGAUUUUGUACGAAAAUUGAAGAAAAACUAUAA